GUUGAUCACCAAGUGACUCUGACGACUGACUUUCCUCUUGGAAAAUCAAGACACACUUACGUUCAAUAUAACGAAGCCUUAAAAACUGCUGAAGUUCCCGAAUGGCCAAGAAAACUCUCUUGCUGCUGGUCCUGGUUCUGAUGAACAACAUAAUGUUGUUUGCGCAAAGUAAAACUUUGCCUUUGGUCAAGAAAUCGUUUCGAGACCGUCAUGUAACAUAUCUGCCAUGCCCUAAUGGCUGGAUCACCUAUGAAGGAUCUCCAUCCUGUUACAAAGUUCCAUAUCAACCAACCAACAGUUGGCACGAAGCGAGAAAGACAUGCAUAUAUAUGGGAAGCGACCUUGCUGUGAUUUCCUCCACCAAAGAAAGCAAUUUUGUAUCAAUGCUCAUUCACACCUACUUUCCCAAAACAAGAUUUGGAUGGAUUGGAUUCCUUGCAGAUGCCAAGCGAAAGUUCUUUUGGGUCGAUGGUUCCCCCUUGACAGGUCAUUACUUGAACUGGGCAAAAGGCGAACCUAACAAUGCGUUCGUCAAAAAUGAAGAUUGUGGUUCUAUUCUUGUUGACAAAAGUAGUAUGAAGUGGAAUGAUCUUUUAUGUUUGUGGAGGAGGAAAAUAGGCUAUGCGUGUGAGAAGCAGAGAGCUAGMGCUAAAGUAGCUUGCUAGAUAUAGCAUCACACCUCAGUGGAAGUAGCAAAGCACUAUGUAUUCACAUCUAAAAUGGCAUCAAUAAAAAGUGAUAGAUGUGUUAA